GAUGCCAACUGGAACACCGAACCGCUACAAAUGUCGUCGGUUGAGCAGGCUUGCAGUCGCGACAUGCAGAAUGGCAUUGGCGAUUUGUCAGGGAACAUACUUUGCACCCGAUUUCUUGUAAAAGUGUCUUUCCUUUUUGUCAGCUCGUUGUUGAUUGUCGCUCUCUUUUUAUCCAUUCACCUUUCCAGCAUGAACGCACGCGACCACCGUACCAUCAUCGGGUUCCAACGCUGCCAGCAUGUGGUAAGUUAUUUCAUCUCCAUACCCCAAUCAUUAGCCUAUCAAGAAGUUGUGUGA